GGUAACUAGUAAAAGAUUCUGUUGUGUUGGAGUUUGUGCUGUGUCUUCUCACAGAGUACGAGGAGGCGAUAUGGAAAACCAUGUCCAGCACCCUUCGUCAAACGACGUCGUUGUCAACGUCAAUGGCGACUCUGAUUCUGAAGCUCGCCGCCUUCACCCAACUGACCAUGCAUUUUCCUCUCAGCAGCAACAACAACGACAGGAAGGGAACGAAAGAAGGGAGAGUUUAGUUCUUGCCUACAAGACUCUUGGGGUGGUGUUUGGAGGACUUGUGACGUCACCCCUCUACGUGUACCCUUCAAUGCCACUCAAGUCUCCAACGGAAGAUGAUUAUUUGGGCAUUUACAGCAUUAUGUUUUGGACUCUUACUCUCAUAGGGGUUGUCAAGUAUGCCAAUGUAGCCAUUAGAGCUGAUGACCACGGCGAAGGUGGGACUUUUGCCUUGUAUUCAUUGCUAUGCAGGCAUGUCAAUAUUGGGAUCCUGCCUCCCAAGCAUGUGGGUUUGAACACAACUAAGGAUGUUCAGAAGAGAACUUUGCUUGCCAAGUUCUUCCAAACAAGCUUAGUUGCUCGGAGGCUCUUGCUCUUUGUUGCUAUGUUGGGUACUUGCAUGCUUAUUGGUGAUGGUAUACUUACGCCAGCAAUUUCAGUGUUAUCAGCAAUGGAUGGACUUAGAGCACCUUUUCCUUCAGUUAGCAAAUCGCUAGUGGAAGCACUCUCUGCAGUAGUUCUCAUUGUUCUGUUUCUGUUGCAAAAGUUUGGUACAUCCCGUGUUAGUUUCCUAUUUUCCCCAAUAAUGGGCUCAUGGACCCUGAGUACCCCACUUGUAGGAGUUUACAGCAUCAUACACCACUAUCCUAGCAUAUUUAAGGCUUUAUCUCCCCACUAUAUAUUCCACUUCUUUUGGAGAAAUGGAAAAUCUGGAUGGCUUUUACUUGGUGGUACUGUACUUUGCAUUACAGGUUCUGAGGCAAUGUUUGCUGAUCUUGGUCAUUUCAAUCCGAAGUCCAUUCAGAUAGCUUUUCUGUUCACAAUCUACCCAUCUUUAGUUCUGACUUAUGCGGGACAGACAGCUUACCUGAUCAAGCAUCCCAAUGAUCAUGAUGAUGGCUUCUACAAAUUUAUACCAACUUCAGUCUACUGGCCCAUCUUUGUCAUUGCCACUUCUGCUGCAGUUGUUGCUAGCCAAUCAUUAAUAUCAGCCACCUUUUCUGUAAUCAAGCAAUCAGUAGUCCUGGAUUAUUUUCCUAGAGUGAAGGUUGUCCACACAUCUAAAAGUAAAGAAGGAGAGGUUUACUCCCCUGAAGUGAACUACAUCCUGAUGGUCCUUUGCGUAGCUGUGAUUCUUAUUUUUGGAGAUGGAAAAGAUAUAGGAAAUGCUUUUGGUGUUGUUGUGAGCCUAGUUAUGCUUAUCACCACUAUAUUGCUUACACUAGUCAUGAUCAUGAUAUGGAGGACUCCUGCUGUGCUAGUUUGCCUUUACUUCGUCGUAUUUUUUGUGAUGGAAGGGAUUUAUGUUAGUGCAGUUUUCACCAAAUUUGCUGAAGGUGGAUGGAUUCCUUUUGCAAUAUCAUUCAUCCUUGCUUUCAUCAUGUUUGGUUGGUUUUAUGGUAGACAAAAAAAGACUGAUUACGAAUUAACCCACAAGAUAACCUUUGAGAGACUUGAAGAGCUUUUAGCUGACCGCAGUGUUAAUAGGGUUCCUGGGCUAUGCUUCUUUUAUACCAACAUUCAAGACGGGUUGACUCCUAUUCUUGGACACUACAUAAAGAACAUGAAAUCCCUUCAUAAGGUCACAGUAUUCACUACUCUUAAAUAUUUGUUAGUUCCAAAGGUUGCUCCACAAGAUAGGAUUGUAAUCAAGAAAUCAAAUCUCAAAGGGGUAUAUUGCUGUAUGAUUCAGUAUGGCUAUGCAGAUGCUCUAAAUUUGGAAGGAGAUCAUUUUGUUGACCAAGUCAUUAGUAGUUUGGAAAAACAUAUACAGAAGCAUCAGUCUCCAGAGAAUCUUUCUGAUUCUGAAGAGACUGAAGAAGAGACCUCGAACUUAGAAGAAGCAAGGGUUGCUGGGGUAGUUCAUGUUCGUGGAAAGACCAGAUUUUACAUUGGCCAAAACUGUAGCUGGUUUGAUAAAUUUGUGCUUAGUUUUUAUGAAGUUAUGCACAAUAACUGUAGAUCUGGUUUGCCUGCUCUUGGGAUUCCACCGCAGCAACGGAUUGAAGUUGGAAUGCUAUACGAAGCUUGAAGGUUUACAGUAUCAAGCAUUUACUCAAACAUGUAGAGGGGCAAAACAAAACAGGUGGUGAACAAAGGGGCUUCAGUAGUAGGUUUCUAAAUCACACCAUGUAUAAACUACUCAAGCAGUUAUUGUUUUGUCAGAAAGAAAUAUAUGAGAAUUACUGUUUGUGAUUU